GCACAGCACCUUUUGUGUGUGUGUGAGGCUAGCUGUUAAAGUAGCUGAAAGGUUGGCCUCGCUGCUCGUCCACAAAGACAGGGUUUGACGGGUACAGAUCGACGGUUGGAACCUCCAGAAGAGGAAGUGUCACCUGCAACCGCGUUGUGUUAAGCACCAAACUUUACCAUGGGCAAAAAGUCUCGCGGAGAAGAGUCUUCAUCCUCUGAUGAGGAAGAAUAUGUUGUGGAAAAAGUGCUGGACAGGAGGGUGGUGAAAGGAAGGGUUGAAUUCUUCCUAAAGUGGAAGGGAUACUCGGACAAGCACAACACAUGGGAACCAGAGAAAAACUUGGAUUGCCCUGAGCUUAUUGCAGAAUUCAUGAAGACCUACAAGAAAAGCAGUGGUGGGACCUCCACACCAAGCAGUGGGGCCAGCAAAUCAAACACGGCGUCCUCUGGACGCGCCAAAGAUUCCAGCAGCUCAAAGAAGAGGAGCUCUGACGAUGACGAGGAAGGUGGAAGUAAGCCCAAGAAGAAAAAAGAGGAUGACAUUCUUGUCGCACGCGGUUUUGAGAGAGGACUUGAGCCGGAGAAGAUCAUUGGAGCAACAGACUCAUGUGGAGACCUCAUGUUUCUUAUGAAGUGGAAAGACUCUGAUGAGGCUGAUCUCGUUCUCGCCAAGGAGGCCAAUCAUAAGUGCCCACAGAUUGUCAUAGCCUUCUAUGAGGAACGUCUCACCUGGCAUGAAGACAGUGACAAGAAGGAGAAGGAUGCUGUCAGUGCGUGAGUGUAUCGCCUCAGGAGAAAACGGGACCUCUUCACUGCAGGGACAACCUUGAGUCAGACAUUUUUCACAUCCUAAACUCCCAACCUUCAAUUUUUACCAUGUCCAGCAAUGACACACACAAAUUUUGGACACUGUGUUAUCUCCAUCCAAGCCUCAUUGGAGCACACGGGCCCAGACUACUAAAAAGGAUCCAUCAUUCAGGAGGAGAAGCUGUAGAUGACAUGGGUGAUAUGCUACUGGGGAGAGUUUAUACUAUUCUGUCUUUGUAUUCUUUACCUUCUUUUAAAAUAAAAAAAAAUAAAUAUUUUAACACAUUCUUUUAGUGCUUACAGGAUACGAUUAUGUUAGUGUUGAAAAUCAGAGUUGGUACAGGCUGUGUUAACACCGAGUGUGUUCCAUUGUGGGUUCACAACUUUUAAUUUGCUAUAAACGGUGUACCUCUUCUUUUUAAGAACCCAGCUGACACCACAAGGAUGAAAUGGUUUUUUUAUUGUUUUAAGUCAGGAAGCAGUCACCGCAGCACUUUCCUGCCUGCAUAAUCGCUUCUUUUUAAAAGGAAAAACUUCUAUAUCAUAGAUUUCUCAUUUGUCUUGCUGUAAAGCCUGCCAGGAUUGAUUUACUCAGUUUUUUUUUCAUAAUGUAGUGGUGGGUUUGUUUUGUUUUUGUUUUUUAAUAACAAAGUUUUAGUUUUAAGUUCAAAUACACCGGUCUAGACAGAAUACAUUACCACAUCAACAGCUAACCAAAAGGACAGUAAAACCAAUUAUGCGCAGUAUUUUUUUUAUAUAUUUUGUUUUUAUAUAUAAGUGUUUUUUGGGUUAAGUCUGACAAUCUACUAUGUAUCCAAGCAAAAUGAAGCCAGGGUUCAUGCCUGUCAUUAGGGUCUGCCACCUUGUGGCCAAAAAAUGUAAACCUUGGAUGUGUGACCAAUCCCUAUGACAACCCUGUGGUUUUAAUAGUUGUUGUUAGUCAUGUUUUGAUUUUUAUGUUAAAUGGUUGACAUUGCCAUAAUUUCAAACAUUAAAGAAGGUUUUGAACUGAAUUAGUCACAUCCUGGGUUCUCUUGUGUUGACUCUAUUUGUUCUUAGCUUAAGAUUUCUUUUAUUAUUAUAAUUUUUUUUUUAAUCCCCUUUCUUUUUCUGGGACCUGAAAAGCACCUCCAAGCUUUUAUACACAAGAUGGAUGUCGGUUUUGCAGUUUGAUCUGUUGUGCUCCAGCGUGGACUCUUGGGACCAAAUGUUUCGUGUCUACCGAAUAAAAUCUGUUUUAUUUUAUUUUUUUAUUAAUGUUUUUAGCUUUAAUUGGCAUUGUGAAUGAAGGCUGUGCGCUUCUCCCCUUUUCAUAUGUACCAUACACAAAUCAUGUCCCUUGAUAUUAACUUAGAUUAUCCUUUUGGUGUCGAUUCCUUUAAUGAAGAGUAUUCUGUUCCUGAAUAUUUUUUUUUCCCCUCUUCCUUUUUGCCAGUGCAGAAUUUUUAAAAUGUAGACUAUUUCUUGUGUGAAUGAAAUGUUAUGAGUAUGUGUACAGUAGCACCCUUUAAUAAACAUUUUCAGUGUUAAA